CCCGCCCCGUCCCCCCCCCACUCCGCCGCCGCCGCCACCGCCCUCGGAAGAUGGCGGACGGCGGCGCAUCUCCCGCGCAGCAGGAAGGGGACGUGUCCGCGGGGGCCGGUGGCGGCCGGAGGGAUCGGCAGCCCCGGAGCGGCAGCGGCCGCCCGCCCAGUGCCCGGGACUUGCAGUUGGCCUUGGCAGAGUUAUACGAAGAUGAAGCUAAAAGGCAGUCACUGUGUCCUGACAAACCAACCACUGCAAAGAUUAGUAACACAAAAGUACCACAGAGUCUUAAAAUUGAUUCUAUCAGAAGGCUGAGAAAACCAGAGAGAAGCAUGAGCGAUGACAAGGAAAACCAAAGAUUUUAUUCAGGUGACUCGGAAUAUAGAGGAUUACAGAUUUCUGGGGCUUCUAAUAGUCCAAGUAAAAUUGUUGCUGAACUCUUCAAGGAAGCAAAAGAACAUGGGGCUGUCCCAUUAGAUGAAGCCUCAAGAGCAUCUGGUGAUUUCAGUAAAGCUAAGUCAUUUUCUGGUGGCGGAUAUAGAUUGGGUGACUCAUCACAAAAGCACUCUGAAUACAUAUACGGAGAAAAUCAAGAUAUUCAAAUUUUGCUGAAACUCUGGAGGAAUGGUUUCAGUUUAGAUGAUGGCGAGUUGAGAUCCUAUUCAGACCCAACAAAUGCUCAGUUUCUUGAGUCUGUUAAAAGAGGGGAAAUUCCUGUGGAACUGCAGCGACUUGUUCAUGGUGGCCAGGUUAAUUUGGAUAUGGAGGACCACCAAGAACAGGAGUAUGUGAAACCUAGACUGCGAUUCAAAGCUUUCAGUGGCGAAGGGCAAAAACUUGGAAGCCUUACACCUGAAAUAGUCAGCACACCUUCUUCCCCAGAGGAGGAGGAGAAAUCCAUUCUUAAUGCACCUGUUCUGAUUGAUGAUUCUAUGCCAGCAACUAAAAUUCAAAUUAGAUUAGCAGAUGGAAGCCGAUUAAUACAAAGAUUUAAUCAAACACACAGGAUUAAGGAUAUUCGAGAUUUCAUUAUCCAGUCCCGUCCAGAAUUUGCAACAACUGAUUUUGUUCUUGUGACUACCUUUCCAAAUAAAGAACUAACAGAUGAAAACUUGACACUACAAGAAGCAGAUAUACUUAACACUGUGAUUCUUCAGCAAUUAAAGUAAUCCUACAGUUGGUACAACAUAGGGAGCGUGCUGUACUGUCAUACAAUCUAUUUCCAACAGAUGACAAAAAGGCAAAAAUUAGUAUCCUUUUAUUCCUUCACUUCCACAGAUCAGAUUUUUGGGUUUUGUGUCUUCCAGCUAUAGCAUAUCUAACAUUUUAAUUUUUCUACAUUGUUGAACUUUUUUUCAGUAUUAAAAUUAAACCAUAUCUUGUACUAAAUGUGAAAUGAGAUAUGACUUUACGACUUUUCAUUAUUUGGGGGGUGUGGGAAGAACAGGGGAGAAGUGUUUUUUUCUGAAAGGGACAGUAUCUUUCAUACAGUUGGUAAGAUUUGCACUAUGGAAAUGUUUUAAUGCUGCAUUGAUAAACAGCCAUUUGAAAACAGCCUGUAGGUUAUGUUUACCUUCCAAGCUGUAUUAAUAAUAUUAAGGUGUUCUGUUUAAUAUGUUGAUGCCCUAAUAUAAUUUUUGUAUAUUCUGUUUAUAGUGUUUCAUGGUGCAGUAUAAUAUUUAUAUUCUAGUUUUUAUGUAAUUUUCCCUGUAUCAUAGAUUGUAUGAGCGAAUCAGUUCAGGAGAUGCAAACCUCAGCUGUUGCAGACUACAGUAGUUUGUUCUCAUUUGUAUUCUAGUUGUUUUACUUGUGGUGAAAAUAAGUAUGAUUUUUUUUUUCUUCUCGAAGUUAAAGAAAUGAGAGAGACCAUUGUCAUUUGGAGAAAUGCUGUGAUUUAGAUUUCAUAAGAGUGGGCCUGUGGUCACUUUGAACCUGAAUAUGCAGUUGAACUUUGCACAGCUACAUGAUUCUUCACAUGAACAGUUACUUAAAUAAGCCCAAACAAAAAAACACCAAGGUGCACAAACACUGUGCUGUCACUUGCAUGCACAAAAGUAGAUGUGUUAUUUGAUCAGGUAUUUUUGACCUGAAUUUCAGGUCUUUGUAUUUGAAAUUUUGGCCAGAGGCAUUUUGUAAUAUUCAGUGGGGAUGUAGUUGUGCAGCUCUCACUAUACUUCUUUGUAAGCUGUAUAAUUAAACCCCUUGAUCUUUGAAAUUAUAUAUUUUUUCAAAUAACUUGGCCCUGCACUGCAGUAUGCAGGUAGGAAUCUUAUGUUGUGGGCAAACGGGCUGCUGUUGUUUAGAAGAAUGCAGUUUUAUAGUAUUUGUGUAUUUAUAUCAGAUGAAUGGAUCAUGCUCUGAAGAAGGGUAAAUGGGCUGUAUCUCUUGUACCGAUCUAUGUGUUAAAAUGCUGGUUUCGCUAAUUAUUUUAUUCUUAAAAUAUCAAUACUUAUUUAUUUAUGCCAAGCUUAUAAUUGCUCAGUAUAUUUGAUUAAUCUUACAUUUUUACCUCAAAGUAGAUAUUUGACUGAGUAAAUUUUAAACGUGCAAUUGUAUUUAAAGUAUUCUGUUUUGUACACUGAAUAUCUGCAUGAUUUUAACCAUAACUAAUUUCACGUGCUAAGUAAUUAAAGUUUUAAGAGACAAA